GUGCAUGGACAACGACGUGUGGAGGCACAACAUCGUCAAGUGGCUGCCGGCCGUUCUUCACCCUGAAAGUCGUGGUGAGGUGACUCUCGACCCGUCCGACCCCUUCGGACGGCCCGUGGUGACGCUGGGGUACUUCACCUCCCAGAACGACGUGAAGGUAGCCAUCCGGGGCCUGGAGAUGGGCGUCGCCAUGGCGGACGAGCUGGCCAAGAGAGGCCUUAUCCUUGACCGCACGCCCAUACCCCCAUGCAGGGACUUCGAGUUCGCGACGCGAGAGUACUGGGAGUGUGCCAUCAACGCGACCAGCUAUACGCUGUGGCACUUUUCCGGGACGUGCAGUAUGGGCAAGAUAACGAAUCCGCUGGCGGUAGUCGACUCGUCUCUCCGCGUCAUCGGCGUCGACGGACUGAGCGUUUGCGACGCCUCCGUCAUGCCGUUCGUUACGAGCGGCAACACCAACGCCCCCACCUGCAUGAUCGCCGAACAGUGUGCUGACCUCGUCCGGGCGCGCCACGGCCUGCCCGAGUACCGAGAAUCGCCAUUCCCAGAACCACCGUUCCAAGACCCGCCAUUCUCAGAGCCGCCGUUCGGCUAAUGUUGUUACAGCCAAAGUGAUCUGUAGCCCAGCCCGCCCACCCCGAGAAGACAUCGUUGCGUUUUUAUUCGUAUCCAAGCUCUAACCUGUUCUGACCUUUGAAAGCAUGUAUCACGCUCGCUUUUGUUGACCCGCAAGGCAAUGAAUUUAUAAAAUAUCAAUUGUAAUGCAAGGGAGGUGUAUGCAAGACAUUGGCUUGGCGUAACACGCUCUAAGAAAAUAUUGUGAAUUUACGAAAUGUCAGUACACGAUGUUUCAUUUAAAAAAAAACGUUAUUGUUUUGUCAGUUUACAAAACGAUCGCAAUCCUACAAAAUCAUUACAAAAUGCAUCGUAAUCCUACAAAAUCACUUUGUAAAGAGAGAGAAAUCUUCCUAAUUUGGUGAAUUUACGGACAAUAUAACUACGAAAUGUUUUGUUU